AUGGCACCCUCUGUUGAAAUAUCCAUUCCCAAUACUACCCUUUCUCAUACCUCUCCGCCACACACGGUCUACCACAUCACCCUCCGCCUCCCGCUCCGCUCUUUCACGGUCCCCAAACGCUACUCGGACUUCUCAACAUUCCAUAACACCCUCAUCUCCCAAACGAAUGCACCUCCACCAGCUCCAUUACCCUCGAAGACAUGGUUCGCAAACACAGUUUCGAAUGAACGGUUACGAGAAGACCGCCGUGACGGCCUAGAGCAAUACCUCCGAGCGAUCAACGAAUCCGACGAUGGCCGCUGGCGAGGUUCACCAGCGUGGCGGGCUUUCCUGAACCUCCCAACUGCAGUAACGACAACUGGAAGCGGAUCCACGAAUACAUCUAGCCGUCUUCACGCAGCCAUCACAGACCCAGCAUCCACCAAUGCCCCAAUUACAGAUCCAACGCUAUGGCUAGACUGUUACCGGGACAUGAAGUCACAUCUGCACGACGCGCGACUCCAGCUCUCGCGCCGAGAUCAAGAAACAACACCGCAAAAGCAGCAUGAAAGCUCCGCACAGGCGAAAAAGAGCCUUGUCCGCGCAGGAACCAUAAUCACGACUCUAGACGACGGACUCAAGAACAUCGGAGCAUCACACUCGGCUUCUAGCAUUGGCGGGGGCGAGAGCCGCCGCCGCAAAGAUCUGUUGAUCAAUGCGCGCAAGGAAAAGGACGGCCUUGAGGAUCUCUUGCACGCUAUGGCAACUAAGAGUCGACUAGACCAUGCUGUGGCAUCGGUACAGGAUAAAGAAGCUUUGAUGAAUGUUGGGAAUGCGGGUGAUGGCGCGAGCAGUGGGCGCAGGGCGCCAGCGCGGUCGGGCAGAGUCCUUGGCAAAGAGACGGAGCGGACGCGCGAGCUCGAUAACGACGGUGUGCUUCAGUUGCAGCGGCAGAUGAUGCAGAGCCAGGAUCAGAAUGUCGACGAGUUGAUGAAGAUUAUCAUUCGACAGAAAGAACUGGGGACACAGAUUAACGAGGAGCUUGAGGUCCAGAAUGAGCUGCUUAAGUUGGCGGAUGAGGAAACUGAUAUACUGAAAGGCAAGCUCGAUGUUGGGAAGAAGAGGAUCGGGAAGAUCUCUUGA